CCGCACUUCCUCCUCAGGGGCCUCCUGAAAACCACAGGGCUUAGGGCCCGGGCGGGCGGCCCCCAGGGAGCCGGCGGGAUGGCAGAGGGCAAGGCGGGCGGCGCCGCCGGCCUCUUCGCCAAGCAGGUGCAGAAGAAGCUCAGCAGGGCCCAGGAGAAGGUACUACAGAAGUUGGGGAAAACUGUGGAAACCAAAGAUGAACGGUUUGAACAAAGUGCCAGCAACUUCUACCAUCAACAGGCAGAGGGCCACAAGCUGUACAAGGACCUGAAGAACUUCAUUAGUGCAGUCAAAGUGAUGCGUGAAAGUUCAAAGAGAGUGUCAGAAACCCUGCAGGAGAUCUACAGCAGUGACUGGGACGGUCAUGAGGAGCUGAAGGCCAUCGUAGGGAAUAAUGACCUCCUUUGGGAAGACUAUGAAGAGAAGCUAGCUGACCAGGCUUUGAGGACCAUGGAAAACUAUGUAGCCCAGUUCAGCGAGGUUAAGGUGUACAACAUAGUGAUUCAGCAUUUAUAUACAUUACAAAGUGAUCGCCACGGCAAGUCUAGUUACCGUGUCACCUUACAAAGUCAUUGCAAUAUUACUGACUGUGUUCCCUAUGCUGAAAGAAUCGCCAAGCGGGGUCGGAAACUCGUGGACUAUGACAGUGCCCGACACCACCUGGAGGCGGUACAGAAUGCCAAAAAGAAAGAUGAGGCCAAGACUGCCAAGGCAGAGGAAGAAUUCAACAAAGCCCAGGCUGUGUUUGAAGAUCUGAACAAGGAGCUGCUAGAGGAGCUGCCUGUGCUUUACAAUAGUCGUAUUGGCUGUUAUGUGACCAUCUUCCAAAAUAUUUCCAACUUGAGGGAUGUCUUCUACAGGGAGAUGAGCAAGCUGAACCACAGUCUCUACGAGGUGAUGAGCAAACUGGAGAAGCAACAUUCCGACAAAGUCUUUGUGGUGAAGGGACUAUCAAGCGGCAACAGACGCUCUUUAGUCAUCUCUCCCCCAGUUCAACCAUCUGUGGUCUCCGGCCCUCUUACCUCACCUAUCAGUCCCUCUGCACUUUCCUUGAAGAGUGAGAGGGACUCCACCUCUGCAAGUGAAGAAGAGCUGGCAUCUGAUCCAGCCCAGGGAGAAGACAACUCUGAGAUCAAAGAAGAGCCCUUAAAAGAUGAGGAAACAGAGGAGGAAGAGGCUGAAGCAAGCUCCUCUGAGGAGGAAGAGCCUCUGCCAGCCUGCAAUGGCCUCACCCCGGCCCAGCCCUCUCUCACCAUUGAGGGUGGCCAGGCCCAGGAGGAAGUUCUCCCUUGCUCCGCAGCUCCAUCACCAGGCAGAGCCCUAAUCCCUUCAGAGCAGCCUUCAUCUCUCCCAGAAGUAGUCCUCCGAACCCGCACCUCCAGUGAAGGAUCUGAACAACCAAAGAAGAGAGCCUCUAUCCAGAGGGCCUCAGCACCCCCCAAUAGGCCUCCUCCACCCAGAGCCACUCCCAGCCCCAGGCCCUCCUCAGGGAACACACCCUCCAGCCCUACAGCCUCUGAACCGAAUUCACCCACCAGCCCCAGGGCCUCCCUGGGGGCUGGGACUCCAAGUCCUAGGGCCUCCUUAGAGGCCUCUCCUGAUCCACUGCCACCAGAGAAGCCAGUAAGAACUCCUGAAGCGGGAGAAAAGGAAAACACUGAGAAUCUGAACCCAGAAGAACUUUCUACAUCUCCUACCUUGAUCUCUCAGGUGUUUUCAGAGUCUGGCAAGACAGGGAAGCUGGAAGGCAAAGAAGAGAACAACGAGCUUACGUCAGCUGACUCCCCUCAGAGCCAAGAUCUUCAGCUUCAUGUGUCUGCAGUUCCAGAAGAGAGCAACACCAUAGCACCUGAGCCUCAAGAAGAGACUUUGUAAUAUCCAAGAAGAGGAAAAGCUGAUCAGUUCACCCAAUUCAUGAUGCCCAUUCCUUAAGAGAACAACAACUCCUGCUACUAAGAUGGAAAUGAAAUUUCUCCUGUGAAUCCUCAUAAAGAGAUGGUGAAUGAUGUAACGAACAGUACCUGCAGCAAGUCUUUGCAAUAAUCGCAAACACCAGUUUCACAUCGCCUCCCUCAGUAGAGGCUGGUGGAUACAUGAAAUAUAACUCGAUAGAAGCAAACUGAGUUUCUACCCUCGUUGAGUGGUUAGUGGGAGGGCAGGUCAGCAUCUAAGGCAAUCAUGUUUAUUUUCCAGGUAUCUACAAUGCAAAAUACACACCUCUGAAGAAGAACUGCCAAGACCUCCCCACACACACCUCCCCAGAGUAGCUCAUUGGCUAGAGGGUGUAUAGGUCAGAGGGACUGAAGAUCCAGCAUUCACUUCUAGGUUCCCAAACAAUCUGAAUGCUAGUGGUCCCUAACGACCUGGCAUUAAUGGAGGCUGAGGAGCAGACUUGGGGGGAGAGGGACGCAGGCUUGGGACAAGACACCGUUAGACUCAGGGAAUAUUUAAUGCAGGUUUUAGUAUUGUUAGAAUAGUAAGACUUUAUAUAUUAAUUAAAGUGGGGCUAAAAUGGCUAUAAAAAGCAAAAGCAUCUGUAGACACAGACAAUUGUCCACACAGAGACACACACCACACAUAACUCAGAGAAUAGUGAACAAAUCUUUGACUUACCACUCAUUUUGCAAGACUUAAAGAACAGAUUUUCAGAUUGUUGAAUAAACUGUUAUUCUACGUGUGGA